AUGUAUGUGAAAUGGUUUGAUACAGUAAUGUUUUACUAUGUGAUUUUAGUGAUUUUAGUGAAUGUCACUUUUUGUCAUUUUUGAAUUUCCCGCCGUUCCGUCCCCCGUACGUCCCGACGCUCACGGGACGGAACCCAGAUGACAGAUGCCGGCAUCCGCCGGAUUACAUUGUCGGGGACACCGCAGGAGGGACAUCGUGGGAGCGCAGGACAAGGUAAGUGAUCGAGGGAUCGUGGAGCAGCGCCGCAUGGUAUUCCCGAGUGUAGCUCGGGGUUACCGCUUGUGCUACACUCGGGAAUACCGCCAGGGAGGUUAAGUU